AUGAUUAAAGGUUUAAAAAAAGAUCAUAACAUUAUAUCAGAUUUAAUAUUUACACAAUGUGAAAAAAUUCAAAAAUGUUUAAUUGAUACUUUUAAUAUUUAUAUUGAGUUAUUCAUAAAGGAAAACUGUAUAAAAUCAUUAGAAGUUAUUUAUAUUAAAAAUUUACUCAAAACAAUUCAAAUUUCAAAAUUAUAUUAUAAUGAAUCAAAUGAUUUAUAUAAAUUAAUUAAUAAUUUACAAAUAAAGAUAUUUCCAAUACUGGGUAAAUGUGAUCUAGUAUUAAAAUCAAUAUCAAAUAACUCUAAAUUAACAAUUAAUCAUAAUGAAUCAUUUCAAGAUUACCAAAUAAUCUUAAAUUUAUAUCAAGAAUAUAAUGAAAUUUUCACAAAAUUUAAUUCAAUAUUAUCAUCAUUCCAAUGUUUAUUACAAAAUUCAAAAUCAACAACUGAAUUUAAUACCCCAGAAAUGUCAAUAAGUCCCACUUCAACAAAUCCUACCACAGAAAUAAUGAUUAUAAAUUUUAAUGAAUAUGAUCAACAUUAUAAUGAAUUAAUUCAAGAUUUAUAUUACUUAGAUGAAUUAUUAAAAGAUUUAAAUGAAGAUAUUAUUAAAAAUUCUCCAUGUUUUAAUGAAUUUAUUGGAAAAACUUUGAAGAAUAAUAAACAUGGUGAUAAUUUUGAUGAAUUUAAAUAUGAAAUUUUUAAAGAGGAAAGAAUUGAAAAAUUGGGGAUUAAUAAAAGAUUUGUAUUUAGUGAAAUUUGA